AUGGCCGACCCUCUGCGGAGGACUUUACUAGCAAAACUCCGGGGGAAGAAGUCCAAGAAAGGAUCUACGCUCGGCGGCGCUGGUGGUGGAUACGAAGCUGCGUAUGGGGGCCGAGAAGGUAACGAAAAAGUUUGGGUAGACUGCGAGCGAGCAAUAUUCUCCAAGCUGGAAGGGAGAAUGAGUACUUACGAGAAUUGCAGUGUGGAAGGCGAGCUCCACACGGGGACAGAGGGAGUUGUAUUAGGGGCUGCAACACAGGAGUUGUCCCAAGUGGAGUCUGGACAGGAGGCGAGGAGCGUCUCUGGGGCACACGUGUUGAUGGACAGUAUUGUAGGGCAGCAGGAGUUAAGAACAGUCACUCUAGCUUGGGGGAAACAGUUUGUGUCAAGGCAGGGCAGCGGGGAUUCUAUUGGCUUUGGGGACAAUCCUGUUAUAUGCCAGACACAGCAUUCUAACGCAGGGAAAGAGGGGAAAAGCAGAAUUGGGCACAUAGAUGUUGUGCAAAACUCAUUGAUUUUUGACAGCAACACCACUUUGGACACAAGCUUUCAUGUUGCCUCGCCUGCCAACCCAGAGGAGCACAUCCUAAUCCACAGCAUUGAAAGUUAUGACCCUGAGUCUGCACCCCCUACCCUGCAAAGCCCCACGUUUUUCCCCACAGACUUACAAAUCUGUGACCUCAACAUGGCUUCCCUGUGUGGUGCUGAGAGGACACUGUUAGAAAGUGAGGAUGAUGACUAUUAUGACAACGAGAUUUUGCCUUUUUAUGAAAGUGUCAAAUCAACUUGUGAGUCUGAAAAAGUCAAGGACACAGGGGAGGUUAGUGACAGCGCAAUGCAGGAGACCGACAGACUAAGAAACCAGCUCCAAGAAGCUUAUUACCUCCUUAUAAACGCCAUGAAUGACAUUAACAUGGAUGCCCAGCAAGUAAAUGAUGGCUUGACAGAACAUCAGGUCAUGUCCUCCUGUAGCAGCCAUUCUAGGGACAGUCUUUGCUCGAGGCUUUCUGCUAAAAACAUGGACAGCGAUUCUUGGUCCUCUGGGGGAGAGCAGAGCCCACAGCAGCAGGUAUCGGAUACAGACUCGCUCCUCCUGUGCGUGAAUGAAAACCUGCAGGCAAAGAAGCAUGAAAGCAGAGGUGAUAGUAAGAGCAUGGUCAACUUGAACUCCGAUCCUAGGGCCGUGGUGUUACAACGCUCUGCUAGUGACGGAGCUAUCAGAUAUCCAGGUGGACUUUUAGUUUGCCGAGCACAAAAGGAGGAAGGUAAUGAAGAGGCUACAGUGUCACAGGAUAAAGUUACUGCUGGAGUAGGUGAGAUUUCAGAAGGGCAGGUGUUCUACGAUGCAGAGAGAGAGACCAAUGAGGAUGAGGAUCAGACAGCACAGAUGCGUGAGAGUAGUGGGUCCACAAAUAGCCUAACUGGGUCCACUGAUAGCAAUGCAGACGCUUCGCUGAAAUCGGACAACAAGCAAGAAAUCAACUCCGGCCAAGCGCAAACUUGUGUCACCAACAAGGGCAAUGGCGUCACAGUGAACAAGAUGCAGGAGUGGAUGCAUAAAGGUCGGGUGAUAUCCUCUGAGAUGAAGCAGCGCAUUGCAGGAUCAUCCCCUCCUCUGCCCCGUACUAAAGUCCUGGACACUCCUCAAGUUGGGGUGAAACCGGUGACUCCAUCCAAAAAGGCUAAAUCUGCAACAAUCAAGUCUCCGAAGCAGUCCUCUUCCUCUGCGCAGCCAGGUAGGAUGACUUCACAGUGGCCCCCCAUAUCCUCUGGACCCACUAAAAUCAAUCUCCUCCUUGAUUACUACAUCCUCCUCCAUUCAUAG